CAGAUGUAUCACACUGAUAAAAUAGGAUCUUCUUAUCCUCGUAACUAAGGAAAUGGUCGAUAUAAUAACAUACAAAACCCAGUCAUGAUACUAAAUUUUAGAUAAAAAAAAAAAGGACUGCGUAGGAUGAUAUUUGGCGGGAGGCUUUGACAAAGGGGUCACAUUUGGUUAAGCAACCAGAAAAGUGCUUCAUUUUGAUUGGAGUAUAGUGGGAUCACAUGUGGUAGAUAUUAUCAGAUUUCAUUAAGGACAACUAUGACCAUGUGAUACAGUAAAGAAAAAAUUGGUUAGCGAGUCAGGGAGGAAUUACAACAAACCAUAACUUGUGUCUGCUUCGCUGUUUUAAACUCUGCCAAUUUUUAACCCGUUAGUUUUGUUGAGAGUUUAAUAUAAAUUCAAGAUAUUAUUAGUCAUUAGAUUUCUAUAGACCGUUUAGGAUUCUACCAAGUGGAGUCUUCAUUUUAUUAAACAGUGGUUUCAUUUGUGUUUCAUUUUAUUAGUGGAUAUUAUUAUCAGUAGAUACGUACAUAUAUUUAAUUAGUGCUAUAUAAUAACUUUUAAACUGUGUUAUACGAACAAAGUGCUAUAUUAUUUUUUAUCGAUACUGACAUAUUUAUUUGUUAUUGUUUUAUUCGGUUCGACACCACACGUCUUUCAAACAUUUUAUUGAGAUAAUAUUAGGUUAUUGUUAUGGCCAUGGUCAAUCCAAUGUUAAAUCUGGUUAAUAAUCCUAAUGUCAAGGACUCCCGCUGGCUGACCUUGGAGGUCUGCCGUGAAUUUCAGCGGAAUAAAUGCACACGAACGGAACAAGAGUGCAAAUUUGCACAUCCUCCGCCCCAUGUUGAAGUACAAAAUGGUCGGGUGAUUGCUUGCUUUGAUUCCAUCAAGGGAAAAUGUCAAAGAGAAAACCCUAAGUGUAAAUACUUACACCCACCCCAACAUUUAAGAGAACAAUUGUUACAGAAUGGACGUAAUAACUUGAUAUUAAAAAAUCUGCAGUUACAAGCUGCAGCUUCAACCCUGCAUCCGUAUGUGCCUGCACCAGGGAUGAUUCCCUUUACAAGUGGUAAGAGUGCUGGCUACCAGUCCGUAAGCUUAGAUUCGAUACUUCCGGGCCAAUACCCUUUAAUGACUACUAGUGGUAAAUAUUCGGCCGCAUACCAGUCCAUGCAAUCCGUAGUUCCGGGGCAAUACCCGUUUCUGGCCCCACCAUAUAUGAACACCAUGCCGUCAGCUGUUAAUUUUAAUCCAUACAUGAACGCUUCUAUUAACAUGACCGUCCCAAGUGGAGUUGGUGACGGAGGUUCCUACAUCUCACAGCAAAUUCCAGGUGGGGUAAUACCUACACAGAUUCAACAUACGCAACAAAAAGUGGCUCGUCCUGAUCGACUUGAGGUAUGUCGUGAAUUUCAAAGGGGUACUUGUACGCGGCAGCCUAGUGAAUGUCGCUACGCGCACCCUCCUGAUAAUGUUACUAUAGAGAGCGCAGACAACCAUGUAACUGUGUGUAUGGAUUUCGUUAAGGGAAAGUGUAUACGGGAUUCGUGUAGAUAUUUCCACCCUCCAUCUCACCUCCAGACUCAGAUAAAGGCUGCACAACAACGAGCUAACGCAGUCGCUACGCAGACCCCAUCUCUGGGGGCGUUCCCAAACAUGGUUCCACAUAUAAAACGCCUGGCUGUAACAGACAGUAAAAGUGGCAUUCCAGUCUACCAACCUAGUUCCAUGGGCAUGGGUGCUGCCUACCAACACGCUACAAUGAUGCAGCUUCAACAACAGCCCUACAUCCCUGUCACAUUUCCGAACUUCCACACUACAGAAGAUCAAACAUAUACUCCGAACAACUGCUGGUCAGAUGACAGGCAUCAUCAACUCUGUUAUACACAAAACCUCUUUGCGGGACACCCUCCCAGUGUGCAGAGAUUUUAAGGCAGGUCAGUGUGAUCGGCCUCAGUGCAAGUAUAUUCAUCUCCAAGAGGAAAAUGUUGAAGUAACGGAUGGAAAAGUUGUAGUCUGCCGUGACUCAGUCAGAGGAAAAUGUCAGCGUCCUCUGUGCAAGUAUUACCACAUCCCGGUCAUACUGCCACCAUCAGUUUAAACAAGGGAAGUUACUCUCAAUAACUAAUUGUCAACAUACAAGAAUCUGUUGAACUCCUUACCGAAACAACAUCUCAAUGUAUGGUACGAACGUUGCCAUCGAUCUAUAUUGUAUCUAACUGGUAACAAUAUAUUUUUUAUAAGUAAGGAAAUGACAAAUAACGAGAAAGCAAUGGUCAAUUUAUAAUGAGAAUAAUUUUUAAUAAUAUUUAUUAUUCACCAUACACAAACUGUGAUGAAAGAAAUAUUUUUACAAAUUAUGUUUAUACAUACAAAUUUUCAUAUCACACAGCACAAAACCAAAGCUUGGAUUUAAAAUCUAGUUAAUAGUAACCGCUUGUGACAAAAGUUUGCUUGCCUUUUUUCCAUUGACUGAAUCAUGCCUUGUAAAGGAGAUGCUUAUGGCUACAUUAAUGGAUGGAUUUUGUUUACUUUAAUUGUUUGUCCGUUGGUAUAAUGCAAAAAUACCAAACGGUAGAUUUUAUGGUGCAUAUUAAGGUCGUUUAUAAAAUGCCUUAGUCUUAUUCAAUCAUGUCUGCCAAAAAUCUCAAUGAUUUAUUAACAAGCCUGGAAAUAAGUAACCUGUCAGACAGGUUUGUCCGGCACAAAUUUAGAUACCUGUGUCAGACAGGUUGUCCGGCACAAAUUUUGACACCUGUCUUUUUGUCUGGCACAGGUAUUUUUUUCUAUUUAUGUCUGGUACCAGUUGAUCAGUGCCCGACAGUUUGUCCGGUAACAACAACUACAAUCAUUUUUCCAGGCCUUGUUACUCAAUAAUUAAACUUCUAAACAAAAUCCAUAUCAUUUUGAUCGAGACCUAACCCUUGCUUCAAUGUAUUUUCUCUUAAUUGUAAUCAUACAUAUAAUUUUUUUAUGAAUGAAAACAAAAAUUACAUAACAUGAAGAGGUUGGGAUAAUUUUUCUUAUUAGAAAUAAUUAUCCAUUUAAUGAAAGUUCCAUUUAUAAGAGUUGUUUAACAAUGUAUCAAAUGGUGCCAUAUUGUUUGAUGAUGAUGCACCGUUUUCUUUCGAGAGAAAAAAGAAAGUGAUUUUUAAUUUUUUUUUCCAUGUGCCAUAUAUACACGGAUUACAUGUGUAUAACUUAUGAUUGUUAAAUUGUAUAGAAAUUUACCGAUACAUUUCCCUUGGUUUAUGAUUACUGUUUAUUACUUUUGUAUGUUAUUAUAAUUAUUAUUAAUAUAUUAUUGUUUAUGACGAAUAGUGCUAUUCAGAGGUCUACAGCAAUUUUUUAAUAGAAAUUUUUAUGCUCUUACAAAAAAUUAUAUACUUUUUUUUUUGUUAUCUAUUUAUUGGCAUUGUGUUGGUGCUUCAAGCCAAAAUUGUUAAUAAAUGUUUAGUGUUAGGAAUUGAUUGUUCAUGAUCGACAAAAAAAAAAUGAAAGUAAACCAAUGUUUUUCAUACUAUAGUUAUCAGUGAUGUUACUGUGUAUUGCCAAGGGAAAUGUACUGUUUAUCUUCAACCAUAUUGAAUGAUUUCCACGAUUUCAAAUCACGUGUCUGAAAUUGAAGUAUAACGUUAAAUAAUGAACAAUUUGAAAAUAUUCAAAUUAAAAAGUGAACAAUAAAUUCAAGUGUCUGAAAUUGACGUAUGAAGUUAAAUAACGAGCAAUUUGAAAAUAUUCAAAUAAAAACAGAGCCACACUAAUGAGUAACAGUAUCUGGUAGUCUAAAAAGGGAGUAAGCAUAUUCUGCCGUCACUGACAAAAUUAAUCUCCCAAGCGAAUUUCUCAAAUGAAUUUGGUUAAGUAAGAGUUCGGAGAUUAAAAGACUAAGCAAAUUCUGCUUUUCACUGACAAGUUAAUCUCUCGGAGAUUUAGGAUGACCGCCUGUUCAGUAGCAGACGGAAGGUAGACGCCGAUUGAAAUCAUGGAAAUAAUUUGAUUGGUGUAUAUAGUACCAGUUAUAUAAUAAUUGGUGUUGAUGUUAAUAUUACACGUUAGUUUUCUUAACCUUUAAAUGAGUGUCUGAUUUGAUGGUUUUUAUUUUUCUUAGUUACAUGUAAACAAACGGUGGUUGAUAUUUCUAGAAUCUAGUUAUUAAAUAUGUAUGUAUUCAUUUUUGUUGAUAAUUAAACCUGACUGGUACUUUGUCUUAUAUAUUAGUAUGCAGUAUGUCAAUUAAUAGAAAAAUGCAUUUAUUAAAUACCCCAAGCCCCCUUUUUUCGUGUUAACGAUAUAAUAAUUAACAUAUGGUUUGUGAAACAAUAAAUGAUAUAUUAAUUUUAAAAAAACCAAAAUCAUCGUAAGAAGCUUUAAAUUUUAAACUGGAUACUGAUUGGUCAGAGAUUUCUAAACGGCAAUCAAUAAUUAACCAGCAAAUUUCAUACAUUAACAAAACCACUUUCAACCAUUUUUAAGUCUCGUAACAUGUCUCAAAAUAUAUAUAUAUAUAUAAACUGUGUUCAAUAUUUGUAUAUUAAAAGAAACUUUUUCUUUCUUAUUUCUUUUUUUUUCUUACAUUGUUAUGUUGGGCGCGCGCAUUUGAUACCAUUUGACUAAUCAUAUUCCAGUGAAAUAUAUUAAAUAUAAAUAUUUCAUAACCAUUGUACACCUGUACCUGUACUUAACAUUAUUAUACUUGUAUAUAAUUUAAAAAUAUCAAAAACAUAUUAUUUACAUAUUAGUUAGACUUUGACAGCAUAUCAAAUAUUCCCCAUACCUGUAUAUAAGGUUAAAGUAUCGCGAAUCCCCCAAAUUUUUUUUUAGUUUUUUAUUUAGAUGUGCUAAAAACUUAUGUCACUGCUGGAAAUUUUUUUGUCGAAAAUGAUUACUUUAUUUUUAACAUUUUUUAAUCUUUAAAAAUGUUAAUACCUAUUCUCGAAAGUGAGAUUUCAGUUUUUUAAAAAUAUACUCCUAAGCAAAAGAAUUAUGAAAACUAAUGAAUUUAAAUGAAUUUAAAAAAUUCGAUAUUUUAUGGAAUAAGUGUACUAAAAUUUUUAUUGAUAUUUAAUUAUUUAAAUUAAGAAUUUUAUUAAUUAAACAAUUUUAUCUGUUAAAUGUUACAAUGUUAAAUGAAGGGUGUUUUUUUAAAAAUCCUUUUUCAAUUUUAAAAAAAUGUACUAGGUAUAAGUUAAUAUUUUUUACCAUCUUUGAUAUAUUUGCCAUGGCCAUAAAAAACAAUCAUUGUGAAAUAACUAUUGAUUAUUUUUAUUACUAUGUACAAUCCAUUUUGGGAUAGUGUGGAUACACAAUGUAUGAUAAUUUUCAUUGAUUUAUCGAUUAUGUAUCUGGGAAUUUCAUUUCUUUUCUUUUUUACUGUCAUUUUCUUUUUCAAAUUGAUGACAUAAAAGCAUUAAUUGACAAUGUGAUACAGUUUUAAAUAUUUUUUUUUCUACCCCUGCUGUUCAAUAUUUGGCUUGGUUUUUAACCUUUUUUUUAAAAAAAUAUAUUUAUUUUUUAACCAUUUCCCCCAAAAGGAUUGUAUGUAUCUGUGGGUGUAUAUAUAUAUUUAUUUUAGAUAAGUAAAUAUAUAUAUAUAUAUACAUUACUAUCGUGUCUAGGUCAUUAUAUAUGUGUAUAUGUGAUUUAAUACUUGGUACUGUCAAGUAUAUCAGAAAAAUAUAUGUUUAUUAAUUGUAAUCCCAUAAAAUUCAUGUUAUAUCAUCUCUGCCCAUUUUAUCAUGUUAUCAUCCGUAUGACGUAAACAAUAUCUAUUUCGAAAUUCAAAGACUUCGACAUCAAAUGUUUGUACAACAAUUUCUUCUUAAAAUGUGAUAUCUGAAUUUUUUUUUUUUAAUCUGACCUUAUUUCAAAGUUUUGAGAUGAAGUAUGUAUAAUCAUUUCUUUGAGCAAAUAUACCAACUGUAUAUCAUUAUGAAAUAGUGAUGUCUACUCAUUAUAUAAUAAUGAAGGUGAUGAUUAUAGGUCACAAUUACAAAUUAUACAGAAAUCUACUCAAAUCUUUGAAAAAACAUUUAUGUUUCGUUAAGAUUCCUGCCAAAAAAUCGACAAUGUAGCUCUUUCAAUUUUCAAAUAGAUAAUGUUUCGAAUACCCCAAAACAGUGAUUGUUUAUGUAUGUAGUUUGCGAAUGGUCCUCAAAGGACAUGCUUAAUUCAUAGCCCCACUUUUCAAAUUGCGGUCCCAGAAUUAUAAAACUGAAAUUGGUGCUUUAAGAAAACUCUGUAAGGGUUGAAAACUAUUAGAUUGUAAUUGUACAUCUUACAUCAUUGAUUUGGAAUUGUAUGGUCUGUUAGAUAAAGUAAUAAUAAUUACUCGAUUAAAUCAGUUGCAGACAUGAAUAACCUAUUAUAAAAAGUUAUUACUAUUUCCGAUAUUUGCUGGAUUUAAGAUCUACGAAAUAUUUCAUCGUCGGUGGGGGGAUUAGAUCAGAUAUUGCAGUGAGUGGUUUAAAGAUUUUCAAAUAUGUAAUUAUUUCUCUUAUCUAACAGACGGAGGCUUGGACAAGCAUUUUGUACUAUAAAUCGUAGCAACUAUUAGAUCGGGCAGGGUGUUUAUUUGUAUUGUGGUAUGUUAAAAUCUCCAUUGUUUGAAUUAAUUGAACUUAAUUGGUGGUUAUAGGUGUUAAAACACACAAUCCGCCAUUGUUGAAUGAUUGUUAUAUAUACAAUGAAUUUGUUUAUUUUUUGACGCCAGUCACCUUUUGAACGAACAUAUAAUGUUCCCUUCAAGAUAUAUUUGUCGGCCAGGCCUUUUCCAGACACGUACGUCACCAAUGCUUUAAAUGCUUUGUGUGAGUUAGUUUGCCACAAGAAACUGUCUAACAGUUCGCUAGUUCAUUUUGAAUGAUUAUAUGCUCUGCUGCAUUAUUCUAACUUUUUUUUUUCUCGAGAGUGUAAGAAGGUCGUUCACGAUGUAAGCUGUGAGAGGAUUGGUUGGCAACAAAUGGACGAACUUGGCGUGAGUCUUGCCAACCAAUCAAUGAAUUUUUUAUUUAUAAAAAUAAAAGUACACGAAAUGAAAAGGAGUUCAUACCACAUGUAUAUUACCAGUUAGCAUGUUAUUGUCAAGUAACAAAAGUGCCUGUCGAUGGAACUAUGCCGAAUUGACUUGAAUAUUUUUCUAUAGUUGUGAGUGUGUGUGAGGAAAAGAACGAGGGACCUUCUUACAUUACCGAGAAUAUCUUGAAAGAUCUUUAGAAUACACACUGCUAGUCUGUGUGCAUGAUACCUUUUAAAAAUAACAUCACCGAUAGGAUCAUGGCAGUGUCUCGAAAAAAAUCUUUUUGGACACUAGCAGUUAAUGCUAAGAUUAACCCUGACUAUGUGAUUUGAUAGUAGAUUUAAAAAGGCUUGGCUUGGCUACUAUGAGUAGUAGUCGCAAUAUACUGGACUUAUUAUUAUUACAUUAUUAUUAUUACCGCUUUAUAUCAUGUGUCUGUCUGCGUAGCUCUAUUUCGUGUCAAACACCAGAAGUAAUUGAAAUAAAUACUAAAAUUAUCAUUAUAUUCUGAAAUCUUGUAGUGUGUGUUUUAUUGCUUUUUUGCAUGCUUUAAAUCCCCCCCGCCCCCUGUUCCCCCCAACAAUACAAUUCUUUUUUUAAAACUCGCUUUUCAGGGUUUAUCCAAGGCAUUGCCCCCCCAUGCCUUCAUAAUAAUAUAUGGCCAUGCUACAGAUCCAUGUCAGUUGAAACAUGAACAUUAUAUAGAAUCUUUAUCUUGAACUGUCUCAGAUUAACAUCGUCAGAGGAGCUUAAAGCAAUAACACUUUGUCUACUAUACUAGUGCAGUAAUUUAUAGCCUAAUAUUAUUAACUCUACACUAAUAGAUUAAGAAGCUAGCUAAGAAAGGUCCGAUUAGAGUCUCCCUCAAAGCCUCUUGUCUCUUCAUGUGGAGUCACUUUCAGAUGAUCAAAUGGUUAAAUGCUAUGAAGGAGUGUACUUUGGAGAAGCAUUUUUGAUUUGCUGCUUGCGACAUAUUGUUCUAAAAUACCACAUCUGCUAUCACAAGCGGGGAAUCUUUUCAAACCAAGGCAUGUUUCAGAAUGUUUUUUAAAUUCCUGGCAGUUGUAAAUGUUUCCAAUGAAAACUGUUGGGCCAGACACUUUUAAACAAGAAUGUUUAAUAAUAUGAUCACAGUGAUUCUCGAACUGUUGGUUAAGUCAGUGAAACACUGUUAUUUUCCUGGUUUGCAGUCCCUAAAUAUAGAAGUCAUUGUGAAACAUUGCCUAAUAGUAGUUUCUUGUAGAUAUGCUAUUUAAAUCUCCCUCUCCUAUUACGCACUACAUAUUGCAUUUUAAGUAUGAAAAUGGAUAUUUCAGUCUAAUGCCUUCUUUGAUUUGUAACUACUGCAUAUGCUUUGCAAGCUUGAUGACUUUUUAUGACCAAAUUUAAGAUAUCUGCUUACAUUUUAAAUGAAAUAGUAAACUGGGUUCAUUUUUUUAAAACAUUUUUAUACUUGUUUAAUGGUCGGAGGGACCCUAAACUGUUAGAACCUGUACAAAAGACUAAUAUUUUUAUUUGUCCAAAUAUCAAACUGUCUCAUUUUUGGUGCUAAAGCGUAAAUAUAUCUACAAUAAGUUGUUUUUAUAUAUAUAUCAUGUGUAUUUGAGAUAACAGGUUUGCUUUAUUAAUUAACUGAUCCCCUGGAAUUUCAUUUUGGAGCUAUGUUCUGAAGAAAUCUGAAAAAGACCCAGGUUACAAAUUAUUUGGCUUUUAAUGUUAACCGGAAGCUUUAGCUGUACCUCUUGCUAAGAACUUUGUUUCAACUUUUUAUUCUUGUGUUUAAAAUGAUCCAAGUGCAAUACUUAAUUCCAAAAUUUGAAUUUAUAAAUUAGUUAAUUAUAUACCAAUGUUUUGUUUUAUACUAUUGUUUCCUAUUUUUUUUUUUAUAUAUUUUUUUCUUUUAACUUCUCGAACCAAAAAAAAACCCAACAAAGAAAUCUCAGUAGUUAUAGGUGUAUAACCUGAGUUCUGGUUGUGUUCACAAAAAUUGAUUAAGCUUGCAAAGUAUUCAAUCUGAAGCCACAACUCUUUAAAUGAUCCUGCUGUUUUAGGACAACGUUUUCCCUAUUUAAUUAGCUGUAGUAGUUCUUCUAUUAAAUAGAAGUUUUAAAAUGUAUACAAGCAAACAGAAGUUGCCAGACCAAAUUCAUAACUUGGUCUCAAUUUAUUAUAUUAUUAUCAUAUUCUAUCUUGAAAAAACGAGAUGCUCAAAGCAACUGUUAUAAGAUGGAAGAAAUGAAUUCGGUGCUUUAAUAAGGAGAUAAGUUUAUCUCCAGUGAUCUCCAAUACAAUACUAUACUGUAUAUAAACAAUCUGAUUUAAACACAGACCCUAUUUCGUUUCGUUUUUUAUUGUUCAAAAUUUCGUUUUACUUGUCUUCACUACUCUAGGAUCUGGCAGAAUUGUUAUAUUACCUGCGUUCUGGUUGAAAUGAGGGAUUAGCCUAUGAAACGGCGAGUUCUUGGUGUACGAUGCACGGAACUGUAGGUAAACCACUAGAAACGUCAACACUGAUUGAUUAAUCAAUGUCUGACGUUAUAGGGUCAAAAGCCGCUUGUACAAUCCCUGACGCGACCUUCCAGUUCAACCGGUCAGAUCUUCAUGUACAGUAGGCCAUCGAAAGUAUAAAAAUAACGAAACGAAAUAAAGAUCUUUAUUUUAAUCAAAUUGGUAUAUAAAGUAUGUAACCUGUCCUAUACAAUCAACAAUAUUAGUUUAGUUAAAGAAACAGUGGCAUGAUGGCAUACUCUAAAACCCAUUGUUCAGUUUAAAGUGAACAAAACCCACCAAAUUUAAACCAGAAUAUUAGGAAAUCCAGUUGAAAUGAUUAGUUUGCGAGCAUCUCAUGUUUAUAUAUAAUUAUUAGUACAUGUAGUUAUUGAAAAAUUCUAUGUCAUCUACAAAAAAAAUGAAGAGCCCUAGGGAAGAACGAUCUAAGUCACUUUUUCAAUGAACCCCAGUUAAUGGCGCCAUCUGGUCGCAAAUUGUAUAAGCUUUCUGUGGACAAUCAAUUUCAGGUAAAAACCAUCGGAGUCACAUCGAACCAAGGCCCUUCUGAAAUGGCCUCCCAGACAAAUAUGUCCAUCGUACCCUUUAUUUGAUCUUAAUUUGGCUGAAAAGUGGAAGUCAGUUGUUGUACUGGUAAUUAUGAUUCGUAUUAAACGUCAUUUUGAAGUUUAAUUAAACCCACUCGUUGUUCUGUUCGCGUCAAGCAUUCUCGUCCGAAAGUCUGUUUUGCCUUUGAUGCGAAAAGACAAAAAUGUGACUUAGAUCGUUCUUCCCCUGGGCUCUUCAAAUACUUCUUUGAUUCAGAACCUGACAAGGUCUCUAGAACACAACGAAGCUGUGAUAUCCGACCCCCCCCCCCCCCCACACUUGUUCUUUAACUAAAUUAUUAUAUAGUCAACAUCCCUCCAUGCCUGUUCUUUCCCAAUUUUUUCCCAAUCAUAAACCACACCAAGGAAGUCUUCUUAGACCUGCCUUAUCAUUUUUGUUCUUUGUGAAAGAAUUUCAAAAUACAUCAGUGUGAUUUAUUUUAUGUCAAAGAAGACGCAAUUGUUUUCAUUUUGUUAUUAUUUUGUAAAUAGUUAUAUUUUUUUCGUUUUAAAUAAAUAAUUCUUUUCUUCGA